AUGGCUUAUAGACAGAAUGGCCAGUAUCCGCCGUCCCAAUCACCACGGCAGCCCUAUCCUCCAGCAACGCCUCCGCAACAAUCCUACCAUCAGUCUCCCCAGGUCUACCCACAGGUUGUAAUUCCAGCAUAUCCUCCUCACUUAGCACAAAGCCCGCUGUUACAGCCCCCGAUACGACCGCAUGAUUUCACCACCUCGGCUGUCUCUCAGCAAGUCCCUCCUCAUUAUCCUGCUCCGCCGCAUGCGAACUUCCAGUAUGGAGGGGUUUCCGCUACUCCAGGCUCGCCGUAUGCGAUGCCGAACCGACAUCCUGACUCUUACGCCUCUCCACACUCACUGUACCCGGUGACCCUACCACCCCAUUCUCAGACACAAGUUCCUCCGCGUCCUUCUCAGCCGGUACCUCAGCGACCAGUUUCACAGCCAGUUUCCCAACCAGUUUCUCCUCAGGUACAGAGUCUACCACACACCCAAGGAUACUCACAAUUUCCUACACAACCAAGUCCGACGAUACAGAACAACCACAAUAUACCGAAAACGGCUAAGACACCCACUCCCCGACCUCAAACUCGGCCGUCACCACAGAUGACGGGAACAAAAUUGUCACAGCAGCAGAAACAGGGGGGACAUGACAAUUCAAAGCCACACGUGGACUAUCAAGUUUUGCUUCUGGCCCUCGCCGAUGAAUACCUUGAUGCAGCACAUAGCCAGGCUACUUUAAUUGCAGUUUCCCAAGAUGAGCACGAGACAGAACAGUAUUACAAAUUGAUUGCCACCGGGCUGCGAUGUAUGGAGGCACUGCUGAAGAACUGGAGACUUGCUCCCCAAACAGAAGCACUUGUGACCUUGCGCUUCGCUAAAAUACUUUAUGAAGAGACGAAUAACGACACUGUAGCCGAGACUAUAUUGAGCAAAGGGAAUAGGAUGUUUGAUCUCAAAUACGGUAUGCAGCAACUACUAUGCCGAAUAGUGUCCAAAUCCAACCCGCGAGCCGCAAUGAAGACAGUUGAUGGAGUGAUUCGUGACAUAGAAACGUAUCGACAUACUGGCUGGGAGUAUGCGUUUCGGUUACUGAGGGCUUCAAUAUCACUCUCGCCGCCGCCACACCAGGAUUUGGUAGGUGCAUUGCAUAACCUUCAAAAAAUAUCAUCGUUAGCGGCAUCAUGCGGUGAUAAAGCGGUCUCGACUAUAGCCGCCGUUCUUGAGGCUUUGAUCCACCUUCAGCAGUCCACAAACGCAGACUCCAUCGAACAUGCACAGCGAGCAAUUGCUACAGCUCGAAGUCACCAGCUUGAUCCUGAAAUUCGUGGUAUACCCCAACUUAACUCCGUCAUUCAAAUGAUAGAUAUAUGCUGCAGUGUCCUUGAAUACGAUACAAACCAGUCUAGCCAGAAACUCAAAGAAAUGCAGCGAUCCAUGGACAAAGAUAUUCAUAACCCAAAGUGGAAAGAUGAUGGGUCGUUCGCUCUGCCUUUGAGCGCCGGAACUAUGAAAUCAGCGUCACCUCGAGAGCCUCGACACGACGGUCACAUAUUUGAAUUAACAAUGAGCUGGCUUCCCGAACAUGACUUGUAUGCACUGUGCUAUUUUCUAAGCUCUGUCACCUUGAGUGCAAAGAAUUCGCAAGAUGGCCAUAAGGCAGAGAAAUAUCUUGAGGAGGGCUUGGGAAUGAUGAGAGCUGGUCUCUCAUCACCCCAGGGGAUCUCUGAGUCUCUUGUAGCUUCCUCUUCUCGAAUUCACUGGAGGAGAAGUUUAUACUGCAACAUGCUCCUCCAACAGGUUUUUCUCUUUUGUUCUCGGACCGAAUGGCGAAUGGCAAAUAAGACACUUAAAGAGGUCAGGAGUACGCUGGCCGAGCUCGGUGACUCAGUAAGCGAUGAUAUUAGGUGUCUGGCCGAAUAUGCACGCGGCAUAAUCCACCAAGCAGUCGGCGACAUCGAAGCUGCGAUGGCUACCUUCCAACAGCCCAUGUUUUCUCUGUCCCAGGCCACCAGCAAGAUCCCACGAAGCAAUCCUCACCGUGAUACCAUAAUCCUAGCCAAUUUGAAUCUUGUACUUCUUUUGAGAGACCCUUCAAAAGCAGAUCACUCUCUUGCUUCGGAAACACUGAGCGUUCUCGGCCCACAUUGUCAGAAUAGCCCUAACAAAUACAUCCGGGCAGCUCAUUCUCUUAUAAGUGCUACUGUGCACACUGAAUCUACAAUUCAGACAAAACGUGAUCUUCACCAGGCACUACAAGCGGCCACGGCAAUCCAAAAUUGCCAAAUAACCUGCAUCGCCCUGACGUUUAUGAGUUGGAAAUAUUUCCGUGGCGUGAUUGGUGAACAGUCUGAGAAGAGUGCCAUGGCAGCUAGAGCCAUGGCAAGAAAGGCAGAUGAUAAGUUAUGGAUGAGUGUCACGGAUGAUUUGCUAGCUGAAACAUUGGACAGACAAGGAAAAUCAGCCGAUGCCCAGACACUGAGGGCCAAAGCAGAUAAAAAGUUGGAAGCAUUGCCGCCGGCGUUAAAAAUGAACAAGCCUGAUGGGACUGGAAACGGAAAUCUAAGCACCAACGGUGGUGCCUCAAAGAAAUAUGUCUAG